UAGAGAAUUUUAGACACUCUAAAAUACCUGGAGCCACACACAGUUUGCCUUCCCCUGUUGUCACUGGAAAGCAACACUGGCGAUGUAAGUGCAGUGCUUGGCUCAGGCAGGAAUCCUCCAGCAAGGGAAUGUGCCCGACAGUGUUUGAGGCUCAGCAAGGCCAAUGCAGAGCAGGCAGCGAGGGGAUUGCUGUGGCAGUGUGCGGGAGUCAGGGCUCUGCAUGUGGGCUCAAGGCUGCAAAGCUGCCGUGUUUGGACAGAGCAAGGGGCUGUCCCGGGGCGCGCGGGGCUCGGCCGUGGGGCUCGUGGGGCGAGCGGGGAACGGACACGCGGACAAACGGCCCCGGGGCUUCAGUUGCAGCGGCGGCAGCGGCGGCAGCAGCAGCAGCGGAAGCGGCGGCAGCAAAAGCAGCGACUCUAGAUCUCUCUUUAUAUAUUUCUCUCUUUCUCUUUCUGUCCCUUUCCCGCUGUCGGGCACCCUUCUCUGGUGUCCGUCUCCCGGCGUCCCUCUCCUGUCCCCGCCUCCCUCUCCCCCUGCCGGCCCGGGCCAUGCCCCCGGCCCGCCCCCGGCCCCGGGCGGGGCUGCCCCGGCCCCGGCCCCGGCCCCGGCCCCGGGCGUCCCGCCGCGGUCUCGCCUCCGUGCGGCUCUGGCCGUGCUGGCGGUGGCGCUGCUGGGCGGGCAUCAGUGCCUGGGGCUGGGGCGGCAUCGCCGCCCUUUGGCUCCGCCUGGCCCGAGCCCGGCCCCGGCCCCGACGCAGGGUCCAGUCCCGACCCCGACCCCGGCCCCGGCCCCGGCCCCGGCCCCGGCUCCUCCCGGGGCCCGCGGAGGACACAGGCGGCGCGGCCGCUGCCGCCGCCUCCGCUGCGGCUUCCCCGGCCCGAGCUCCGCCGCUCGGCAGCGCGGCCGCCGGCCCCGAGCCGCCGCUGUCCCGUGUCAGGGAGCGAAGGCCUGGCGAUGGCCGGCCCGGGGCGCUUGAGGGGCGCUCGGGGGCCGGUGCUGGCCCCGGGCCGAGCGCUGACAGCCGCGUCCCGCCCGCAGGGAAGGCGCAGCGGGGCCUGAAGGAGCAGUACCGGCUGGGCUCGCUGCUGGGGCGCGGCGGCUUCGGCAGCGUCUUCGCGGCCACGCGGCUCUCGGACGGCGCCCCGGUGGCCAUCAAAAGGGUGCCACGGAACAGCGUGCAGCACUGGGGCGAGCUGCCCGACGGCACCAGCGCACCGCUGGAGAUCGUGCUGCUGGCCAAGGUGUCCACUGGCUUCUCCGGGGUCGUCCAGCUGCUGGAGUGGCGUGAGUUCCCCAACGACAUCGUGAUGGUGCUGGAGCGCCCGGAGCGGUGUCAGGACCUGCAUCAUUUCAUUCGGGCACGGGGCUUCCUGUCCGAGGAGGUGGCGCGGGAGCUGUUCCGCCAGGUGCUGGAGGCCGUGCGGCACUGCACCAGCUGCGGGGUCCUGCACCGCGACAUCAAACCAGCCAACAUCCUGGUUGACCUGGCCACCGGGCAGGCCAAACUGAUUGACUUUGGCUGUGGCACCUACCUGCAAGAAACAGCCUACAUUCACUUUGCAGGUGAGCCCACGCAGGGGUGUGCUCCUGGUGCCGGCAUCUCAUGGCCCAACAUCUCACAGCCCAAGCUGGGUGUGGCAGCAGGGAUUCUCCCUUUUGCUGCCCUUCAUGGCACUGAGAUCUCAGCCAAGUUGCUUUUGAGCAGGGUUGGGUGGGGAGGCAGCUUCCAGCCCUGCUGGCAGCCUUUGCCCACCACUCUGCCCAGGACUGGGGCUGGGGCUGGAGCAGCCAGCCGGACAAAAACAGCCGUGGGUGGGGAUAGCAGAGAGGGGUGGUUGGAACCUGUGCCCCAGCCAGUUUGGUGUGCAGGUGAGAAAGGGCCUUGACUGCUCCACUCACCUGGUUUGCUUUGGCUUCCUAAUGUUUUUUGGGGCAAUGCAGGCAGGUUGGAUGAAGGCAUGGUUUUUCCCCCAGCACUGACUGGGUUUUUGUCAUGGUCGGGCCUUGCCGGGGCUGCCGCUGCCCUCUUCCAACACCAGUGGCUUCUCUUCCAACCCCAAGUCAUGACACCAGUCCCAGGUGCUGGCGAGAGGGCAGUGGUCACCCUGUGUGCCACUGGGGCAGCCCCCAGACGGCCAGGGAUGCUGGGGCCAGGCUCUGGGAGCAGCAGCAUCCCCCUGCUGAACUCCAUCUGUAUUCCAUAGGAACACGCUCCUACAGCCCCCCGGAAUGGACCCACUUUGGCUGGUACUACGGCAAGCCAGCUACCAUCUGGAGCCUGGGCAUCGUGCUGCACCAGAUGGUCUGCGGGGAGCACCCUUUCAUGUGGGGCCAGAAGAUCAG